UGGAUCCUGAUGCCAUCCCCCCUCCCCCCAAAGUGAGGUCCUCCCUCCCUCCCUCCCUCCUCCUCCUCCUUCUCCUCGCAGGCCAGCGAAGCAGCCGAUCAAGGGGGAGCUGGCGGGUUAGGUGCCCCCCUCUUCUCCCUGCCCUCCCCCCCCUCCCGGCCCGCUUCUCGCGUCUCCCCCCAGAGAUGAUGCAGCAGGACGAGUCAAACUCGCCAGUCUCCCCCGCCGACGACAGCUUGAGCAACAGCGAAGAGGAGCCGGACCGGCAGCAGCUGCCCAACAACAAGAGAGGGGGGCGCAAGCGGCGCUCCAGCCGCCGCAGCGCCGGCGGCGCCGUCGGGGCCGCGGACGAGCCCUGCAGCCCGGCCCAAGGCAAGCGGGGCAAGAAGUGCGGGGCGGGCGGGGGCGGCGGGGGCGGCGGCAGCAGCAGCGGCGGCGGCAGCCCCCAGUCCUACGAGGAGCUGCAGACCCAGCGGGUCAUGGCCAACGUGCGGGAGCGGCAGCGCACGCAGUCGCUGAACGAAGCCUUCGCCGCCCUGCGGAAGAUCAUCCCCACGCUGCCCUCGGACAAGCUGAGCAAGAUCCAGACCCUCAAGCUGGCGGCCAGGUACAUCGACUUCCUCUACCAGGUCUUACAGAGCGACGAGCUGGACUCCAAGAUGGCAAGCUGCAGCUAUGUGGCCCACGAGCGGCUCAGCUACGCCUUCUCGGUGUGGAGAAUGGAGGGCGCCUGGUCCAUGUCCGCAUCCCACUAGCAGGCGGCGUCCCCCACCCGCAUCCCCCCGGCAGGAGCCCUAGAUGACAUUGUUCCCACAGAAGGAGAAAAUGGACAAUCUAGAGACUCUGAAGUUGGAUACGAUUUUUUUGGUCUUGUCUAAAAAAAAAGUACCAAGGAUUUCUUGGAAAUUAGAAGAGCAAUAUCCAAAUUCAAAGCAGGGCGUGGGGAGCACUUAAGGAAAGAGAAAGAGACAAGGGCUUUGGACAGUGACUACCCUUUGGGCGUCGGUACAAUCCACACAUCUCUGCAUUCUGAUAGAAGUCUGAAUCGUUCCUUUUUUUUUUUUUAAUUUUGACGAAGAAUGUUGGAAUUUAACUUUUUUUUUAAUUUGCCUUUUUUUGCAUGCAUUCCCAAGAGGUCGUGCCUAUGAGCCACUGAUGAAAGGAAAUACAUUAUUGUGGACUUUCUUCAUUCUUGAAUGAAACCAACCAACCAACCAAAAAAUAUCCCUGUAGAGAUGAAAAACCUUUUUUUUUUAUUUUUUUUUUUUUUAGGGGGGAAUAAGCUGGGCUCAAGCUGUUAUAUACCCGGUUCCUAACUUUUUUAUUAUUAUUAUUUUUCCUCUGAGAAAAAAAUAAACAUUUUAUUUAUUUAUUGAUGACCCAUGUUAAAAUGCAAAUAGAUCCGGUGUCUAAAUGCAUUCCUAUUUUUAUGAUUGUUUUGUAAAUAUCAUUGUAUAUUAUUUUUCUGCAAUAA